GAUAGAGAUCCGAGGGGCGACGGAGUUGUACAUUUUUCCGUGUUAAAUAGGUUAAUGAAUCAGCAACGUAUAAAGUGCCGUUAAAACAUGUUUGUUUAGUUCCCUGUAGCUUUAUUUUAAGUUAGUUCUUUAUUUCAUUGUGUAAUAACCACGUUCUAAGCGCUCUGUGCACGAGCACAAUUAAAAUGGCGGCUGACCCAACGAAAAACCGCAUGCAAGUUUUUAAGAACACAGGCAAAGAUGUCGACGAAAUGCGCAGGCGGAGAAACGAAGUGACAGUCGAGCUUAGGAAGAAUAAAAGAGAGGAAACCCUUCAAAAGCGGCGAAAUGUGCCCAUCGGUGACUCGACGGACGAGGACGAGAUCGAGAGGACGUUGGCGUCGACAGACUUGAAGGAGCUGGUGAUGAACGCGGCAAAUGGCGAAAACCCCGAAGUACAGCUGGCGGCCGUGCAGCAGUGCCGCAAGCUGCUCUCGUCAGACAAGAACCCGCCGAUCGACGAGCUCAUCGCCACCGGCAUCCUGCCCGUGCUCGUGCUGUGCCUGUCGCGCGCCGACAACCCGACGCUGCAGUUCGAGGCGGCCUGGGCGCUCACCAACAUCGCCUCCGGCACCUCCGCGCAGACUAACAAAGUCGUCCACGCGGGCGCCGUGCCCUGCUUCCUCCAACUCCUGAUGUCCCCACACGAGAAUGUCUGUGAACAAGCUGUAUGGGCGCUGGGAAACAUCAUUGGUGAUGGUCCAGUACUCCGAGACUUUGUUAUCGACUUAGGAAUGGUGCAGCCUCUCCUGAGCUUUAUCAAGCCUGAUAUCCCUAUUUCGUUCCUGCGCAACGUCACCUGGGUGAUUGUGAACCUGUGUAGGAGUAAGGACCCACCGCCACCAGUCAAGACCAUCCAAGAAAUCCUCCCCGCGCUCAACAUACUUAUCAUGCACAGUGACAUUAAUGUUCUAGUAGACACAGUAUGGGCAAUCAGCUACCUAACAGACGGCGGUAACGAGCAGAUCCAGAUGGUGAUCGAGUCUGGCAUCGUGCCCAAGCUGAUCCCGCUCCUGUCCCACAAGGAGGUGAAAGUGCAGACCGCUGCGCUGCGGGCUGUGGGCAACAUUGUGACGGGCACGGACGAGCAGACGCAGGUGGUGCUGAACUGUGACGCGCUGUCACACUUCCCUGCUCUACUCUCACACCAGAAAGAAAAGAUUUGCAAAGAGGCAGUAUGGUUCCUGUCUAACAUCACAGCGGGGAACAAGAAACAAGUCCAAGCGGUGAUCGACGCUGGUCUCCUGCCCAAGAUCAUCGAGAACCUGAGCAAGGGAGAGUUUCAGACGCAGAAGGAGGCGGCCUGGGCCGUGUCCAACCUGAGCAUCAGCGGGACCAAGGAGCAGGUGGCUACGCUGAUACAGUGCGGGGUCAUACCGCCUUUCUGCAAUCUGCUCAGUUGCAAGGACACGCAAGUUAUUAAUGUGGUGCUUGACGGGCUCAGCAACAUGCUGAAGAUGGCUGGCGAGGGCGCUGUGGAAGUGGCCAACCUUAUCGAGGAGUGCGGAGGCCUGGACCGCAUCGAAGCCCUACAGAGUCACGAGAAAAACGAGAUCUACAAGAUGGCCUAUGAUAUCAUUGAGCAAUACUUUGCUGACGAGGAGGAGGACGCGACGCUGGUGCCGGCGGCGGCGGACGGCGGGUUCACGUUCGACCCGGCGCAGGCCGGCGCGCACGACGGCUUCCACUUCUAGGCGUCCCCGCCCCGCGCCUCCCCGACGC